AGCACCUACCUACUCAUGAUAGGGGCUUCUCCAACAUUCAAAUAUGAAGAAGUCUUCACAGACAUCACAGACACCCAAUGACUAAUCAGCCUCAAAACAGAAAAGGCGGCAAUUAUAGCACUUCAACCAUCAAAGGCGAGGCUUUCUUUGAAGAGACGUAUAUAAACGCGCGCUGGAGAUGGAUCACAUUGCCCUUAUUAGAAGUGUUGCUGGCUGCUAUCCCUUCUCUCCGUGUCAAUUGUAUUCACGCAAAAGCGGUUCUCUUGAAGUAUUCUAUCAUGGCUCUAUUAGUGGGUGAGUUAGGGGGAUGGUCUGAAGAUGAGUUGGAUAUGCCAAGACCUUAAACACGAGAGAAGUUGGAUAAGAUAGCAGACAAGAUGACGGUUAGGUUUGAAGCUGAUGAUCUGGGUCGUCUGAGAGUUCGAAAGGAGUGAUUUGGUUA